GACGAAUUUUAUGAUCCAUCGAUGGAUGUACGAGUUGUUGUGCUAUUUGCCAUUAUUUACCUGCUAAUAUUUGUUCUUGGAUUAAUUGGCAACGGUUUAGUGAUUUGCCUUACAUUACUGAAUCGAAAACUUCAAACAGUUCAAAAUAUGUUCAUAUUAAAUUUAGCCGGUGCAGACUUAGCUGUGUGUAUUUUUUCCUUACCAAUCACACCGAUCACUAAUGUAUACAAAAAUUGGUACUUUGGAUCCAAAAUGUGCUACGGAUUACCGUGGAUUCAAGGAAUUGCAAUUUUUAUUGAAACUUUUAGCUUAUGCGCAAUUUCAGUUGAUCGAUAUAUUAUGAUGAUUAUGCCAACAGAAAAAAUUAUCAAUGAAACUCGCUCAAAGUGGAUUACCAUAGUGCUUUGGACAUUAUCAAUUAUUUUCACGCUACCGUAUGCUAUGUAUAUGGAACUUGUUAUUGUAGAUGGUAUAUGUGGUCACUUCUGUACUGAGAAAUGGCCCAGUGCACCUUUACGACGCACAUAUACUAUUUUCGUAUUUGUUGUCCAAUUUAUCAUCCCACUAUCGAUAAUGUUUUUUUGUUAUUACCGUAUUUUUGCUGACCGAAUACGCAAUAAAUUAAUGUCAAAUGCUCGACGUAAUACGAUAUUAUUAGUUUGUAUGGUUGUAAUGUUCGCAGUUUCGUGGCUCCCUCAUAAUAUUGUUUCAUUAUUAAUGGAAUAUGACGAAAGUAUAUUUGAACGUGACGAUGGCGUUAAUAAUAUUUAUUUAAUUAACUUAAUUACACAUUGCGUAGCAAUGACAAACAAUGUAUCGAAUCCGAUUUUAUAUGCUCUACUGAAUCCUCUAUUCAUUCAAAUAAUGAACAAAAAGUUGAGCACACUAAAAGCGAUCAUUUAUUGCUGUUGCCCUGAAACAAUUACUUCAAGAGAUAAUUAUUUUAAUAUGUGA